AUGUCACAAUUUGAAAAGGUCGAUGUGCUUGGACGUUGUUUAACAGGUCCCAAAACUAGAAACGAAAUUGUCGAGGAAAUAUCGGUAAUGAGGCUACCACUAGAAAUAAUUAUCUAUGUAUUGGAAAUAUUGGAUUAUAAUGACCAGUUGAGACCUAAAUUUUUGAGGAUAAGUAAAUUAUUUUACAAUAUUGUACUACCAAUGAUAUAUCGGCACCCAAAAUUAAAGGCUACCAACUUCUUUGCUUUUGUUGAUACUAUUUCAUCCAAUAAAAAUAUAGGGAAUUUUAUCAAGGUGCUUAACUUAUCUUACAUUAUUCAAACUGGUAAAAAUGCUUUUAUUGCCAAGUUGCUAAAGAGGUCGCGUAAGCAUUUAGAAGUAUUCGUAGCACCACAGACAAGCUUUGGAUUGGGGCCCUUGAUAGCUUUAAAAAACUGCGAGCGACUAAAAGUGUUGGAUCUAAGACUUGUAUCAGAAACCUUGAAUUUGGUGGAAUUGUUUAAAUCCAUUAGUAAAUUAAACGAGUUGACUCAUUUAUCAUUUCCGCGAUCCUCAAUCGAACUAUAUGACUACUCAAGCAUAGCAUGGCCUCCAAAGCUUUCGUUUCUCAGGAUCUCUGGGGGCGUUACAGAUCUGUUUUUAAUGGAAUCCCAUUUCCCUUCAACAAUCAGACAACUAGAAUUUGCCCAUUGUCCGUCUGUUAAAAGCUUUGGACUCCACAGUGUUCUUUUUAGAUUGGGAGCUAACUUAACGUCGUUCAAGGUACAAUAUCCAAUGCCUACCCUUGAACAAAACUCAUUGGAUAGGAUUUUCAAUUACUGUCCCAAUUUAAUAGUCCUAGAAGUUGCGGUCGACUAUGUAUCUUCGUCUUUCUUCGACGAAGAAAACUUAUCGUACCUACCAUACAAGAGGCCUUUAAAGACUUUAUAUAUUGACAGCAGCGGUAUGCUAGGUACUACCAAUAGACUUGAUCCCAUUGAUUUGGCUGUUGCGAUUAACGAAGAACGUUUACCCUUACUAAAAAACUUACAAUGUACUGCCAAGCUUGGUUGGGAUCCCGAUUCCGAGUAUGUUUCAUUCAUAGCUGACUCAUUAGAUGAAAGGGGUGGAGGACUAUACAUCGGUUAUUAA